GUCCGUUAUAAAAAAGUAGAAGAAGAAACACUCGCAUUGGCAAUGGAAACAGAUCUGUUUAGCUUAGGGCAUUGGCUUCAGGUAGUUAGUCCAACGUUUAUUCUGAUUUCCAGCCUUGAAACGCCGCUCAACAUAGCUGCUCUGUGAAAUAACAGCAGCGAGUCCAACUUUAGCAGCUGAAAAAUGGACACAGGUGAUCAAACGGUCGUCUCCAAAGGCCGGUUUCUGUCGAAAAACCCCGGAGGAACAGAAAAAACGUCGAUGAAUAACAAGGACUCGUUGCCUCUGGCCUCUCUCCGCCUCCUGGUUCCCCCCUUCCAGCUCGUGACGGCCUCCAUGUGGCAGGUGCUGAAGCAACAGGACGUGAAGAGCUACUGGGAUGUGGCGGAGUUUGUGUCCAUGGUGGGGGACAUGGUCCCAGAGCUGCUGAUGGCCAAGCACAGGUGGCAGCUGACUGUCGGGUUGAGAUCAAGGUACAUCCUGGAGCUGUGCCAAGGUGAACAGCCGGUGAAGCCAGAAUGCAUCCUUUCCUACCUGGAGAAGAUCCGAGCCACACGCCCUUCUCUGACAGACGGAGGAGAUUUGGCAGAGCAGGAAGUGACAGAGAAGUUCCUUGAGAUGAUUCAGAUUCUGCUUAAAGAUCCGGGACAAAAAAGAGACUUUUUCACGGAGGUGUUUCCUGCAGAGUACGGUCCUCAGUACGACAACGACUUGCAGACCUUGUUUUCAGAGUUUGUCUGUCGGCUUGCUCAGCUGCUGCCGGUCCCUGACCUGGAACAGGUGUUCCCUCAGACCACCUCCUGGCUCAGAUAUGAAAGCUCCGUGGUGGACGACUGUCUGCAGACACUUUCUGAUCCUUCUGAUCUGAAAAAUCUGCUGCAACACCACAAAAACCUAGGACAUUUGGAGCAACAUGUCCCUCCAUCCUGCAUGGGUGAAACCAUCCUUUCCUCACUGUCUGCUGUUUCAUGCUUGAAAGUUUGGAAACCUGCAGAGCAGCCCAGCCUGUCCCGUCCCCAGCAAAGUCCCAGCGCUGCACCGUUAGUGGAGGAUGUUGCUGUUGAAAUUAUCACUGUGUCAGAAUCAGCAGAGGUUGUAAUUGCUGCAAGCUCAAACACUGAAGCAAUGGUGGCGGAAAAAUACUUUGAAGUUGCAGGCCCAGCGGAUGAAGACGCUUUAACUGUGUCUUCUGACCAGAAGAGCAGCAGAGAGGAAGUGGAGAAAGAGGCAUGUUCUCAGCAUAAAAUCACUGUGGGAUUGCAUGAGUGUCCAGACUGCAAUAAGAGGUUCAAGUUUGCCUCCUCCCUGCUGGCACACAGCGUAAUCCACAGCGGGGUGCGCCCCCACCACUGCAGUGACUGCGGCCGCAGCUUCUCCUUCAGGCAGUCGCUGGACCGGCACAGGCACACGCACAGAAGUGGACGCACGUAUGACUGUGCAGUCUGCGGGGAGACGUUCCGCUCUCUGUCAGCGCGCACCGAGCACAAGCACGUGCACAUGCAGGACCGCGCCUACACCUGCUCCCAGUGCAACCGGAGGUUCAGCUUGGAGCUGUCGCUCGCCAGGCACCUGAAAACUCACCUGGACGGUGGAUUGGUGGACAAAGCGUCAGACAGCGGCGAGGAUGAAAGACCUGCAGAAUGCAUCAGCCAAGAUCAUACAGAAGCAGAGGAUCUAAGAGACGAUGACAGCAGCAGAGAGUUCCUGAGGGGUCAGCGGGGUUCAAGCAGUGAUCCUGCUGAAGUGUCGUACAGUGACAUCCCGAUGAAAGUACGAACAAGUGGGCGAAAACGCACUCCAACCAUGAAGAUCCAGGUGAUAAACCUACAGAAGCACAUGAGCAACCAAAGACGGAAGGACUCUAGGAAGACGCGCCCCCCGACUCCGCGGCCUUCCAUUUGUUCAGAACAUUCUUAUGGAUCUCCGGUCAUCACAAAGCAGGAUUUUUCAAUGGAGUCUUCUUUGGGUCGGGACUUCCAGGAUGAGAGCAUAGUCCAGCCUGAGGAGACUGCAGACGAAAAGCCUACCUGUCAGGUAUCAACUGAUGAAGAAGGACACUUCAACUGUCCGGACUGUGAGAAGAGCUUCAGGUUCCUGUCUUUACUAAAAGCCCACCGGCGGGUCCACACAGGGGAGCAGCCCUUCUCGUGCUCUCAGUGUGGAUGGCGUUUCUCCUUCAAACAGUCUCUGGACAGGCACGAGCAGACUCACAAGUCUGGACACAAGUACACGUGUCUGAUCUGCGGGGACCUCUGUAAGUCUGCAGCAGAUCUGACUGAACACCAAAGCGGCCACAUGGAGGACGGGGAGUACUUGUGCUCUGAAUGCGGCCAGACCUUCUCAUGGAGGUCAGCACUGGUGAGGCACCUGAGGACUCAUGGUAUGAAUGCGGACAUGGUGGAGGACCCGUACAAAUGUCCUUACUGCAGCCUUAGCUUUAGCUGUGCCAGCUACCUUAAAAGACACAUCCAAACACACCAGGAGGAACGAGUUCAUGCCUGCAGCUGUGGGAAGAGCUUCACCUACCGGGCAGCUCUCACCGCGCACCAACGGACCCAUCAAAAGGAGCGUCCGCACACCUGCACCCAAUGCGGGAAAGGCUUCCUGUACAAGGGGGGGCUACUGAGCCACAUGAAGAUCCACUCUGAGGAAAUGCCCUUCAUGUGUUCCUUCUGUGGGAAGAGCUUCAAGAGGGAGCGCAACAUGAAGAAGCACGAGCGCUGCCACACCAGAGAGAACGUCUUCAGGUGCUCGCAGUGCGACAAGAGCUUCGUCUACAAGGCCACGCUGAUCCGGCACGAGCUGACGCAUUCAGGCGAGAGGCCCUACCUGUGCUCCGACUGCGGGAAGGGUUUCUUCUCCCACGCAGAGCUCCUGAAGCACGAGCGCUUCCACACGGGCCAUAAACCCUUCCAGUGCUCCUACUGCGAUAAGAAGUUCACCCAGUCGUGCUACCUCACCAUCCACCUGCGCUACCACACAGGAGCGCGGCCGUACACCUGCGCCGAAUGCGACAAGAGCUUCCUGAGCGCCAACCGCCUGAAGAGGCACCAACGAACGCACACAGGCGAGAAGCCCUAUCCAUGCAUGGAGUGUGGGAAAGGGUUCAAGCAGUCUUAUCACCUGAAAAUGCAUCAGAGGACACAUGUGUCAUGAAUACUGCUGUGAACAAUCAUUAAAGGGUUAGAAAAAUCAAGGAUCCCACUUUUUAAUGUGUGUAACCAAAGAAAAUGUUUAUAGGAAAUGUUCAUUCUGAGCGCUGGACUUGUGUAAAGAAAAGCGAACAUUGAGCUCUUGUGUGCUGCCUGUGGGGGCAUUAUCAUGAUAUGGGGUUGUUUCAGUGGGGCCAAAGUACUGAUAACAAACAAAAGCUACAAUCACCCAAUUAACCAAAUAAACCUAAGUCCACUA